CACGAAAAGGAGAAAAGCCGAAAACAUCCGAACCCGAAAAUUUAGAUCAUGUUACUUGAUCAAAAUGGCUGCCAGUGGGAGUUUGUUUGCCGGAAAACCAAGGACAGGUUCUGUAAGAACAUCCGCCUCGCAGCUGGACCCAGAUGGAAACGAAUUAGAAUUUGAUGUACGUGAAGAUGAGGAGCAAAAUGUUAAGCUAUCUCAAACAAUUGAACUUCUGCUCGCAGCAGGUUACUUUAGGGCCAGGAUAAAGGGAUUGUCUCCCUUUGAUAAGGUUGUAGGUGGCAUGACGUGGUGUAUAACAACAUGUAAUGUAGAUAUAGAUGUAGAUCUGCUGUUUCAAGAGAAUUCUACCAUUGGGCAGAAGAUGUAGGUAUAUACAGUGAUACAAAUGUAUGAUAACAUACUAGUGUUAUUUCUUUG